AUGUCUUAUCACCAUCUGGCCAUCGCUACACGCGACAUGUUGGCAACACACAAGUUCUACAGCGACGCUAUGGGAUUCGAACUGGUACGGGUCGAGAAAGCACAAACUGGCCCCGACGCCUGGGCCAAGCAUUUCUUUUACGACACCGGUGACGGCACCAUGAUGGCAUUCUGGGAAAUUCACGACCCAGCCGUCGCAGAAGACUUUCCGACCUCUAUUUCUACAGGUCUGGGCUUACCUAAAUGGACCAACCAUAUCGCCUUUGGUGUUGAUUCACUGGAAGAGCUGGAUGCCGCCAGAAUAAGAAUCAAUGCAGCUGGUUUUGAUGUUGCAGAGAUUGACCAUCACUGGUGUAAAUCCAUUUAUGUCGAUGACCCGAACGGCAUCAUGGUUGAAUUUUGUGUGACAACAAAAGCGUUUGGUAAAGAUGACAAACAGCGUGCCCUGGAUGCGCUGACCAGUGACCAGUUGGCUGAUGAACCACCGCCCAUCAUAAAAGUCUUCGAAGCCGGUUAG